AUGCAACGCCUGCUUCAUGCAAAACCCCCACUUUUAUCAUCAUCGUCGCAGCUCUCGCAGCGGUUCCAGCAAACUAGUAAUUCGGUAGUUGAUGUCUUUGUUUUUGGUGACUCCGAGAUAUUAUUUCUUGUGAGUAGUGACAAAAGUGGGACGGGGUCCCGGGAUCAGGUAUUUUUCCCCGAUAAAGUAAGCAGAGGUCAUGAUGGUGGGAGUGCCGCCCAUAAGGACCGUGGCGGUACACUUCUGUGUGAGUUGCAGCGUGUUGCUGCGGUGGAGGUUAAAAAAGAACAACGAGCAGCGAAGAAAUGCCUCAUUUGUUCUCUAUGUGGAGGUUAUUGUGGUAUUGCUGCCGCCUCAACGGUGCGUGUGGAAGGUUUGCAUGUCGUUGUAUUUUUUGUUCUCGAGUGUGACUGCCUUGUUUUUGCGUCAUUUACGCUUAACACCGCAACCCCUGGCCCCGGACUGGAGGUCAGAUCGCUCGGGAAGGCGUCACUGCUGGCUGCUCGGUGGUUUCGCAAUGGCGCUGGUGGUUUGGCGUGUUCUGCAGAUGCCUUCCGGCAAAAUUAUGUGCCGAUAAGUUCCGUCAUUGAUUGUUGCGAUGACGCUGCUGUUACUGGUGCCGCUGCAACCGCUGCCUCGGUUCCUACGUUCCCACCGCCAUCCUCAUCAUCAACUUUACAGAGACAGAAUCGGCCGUUAUCUAUGGGGCCUCAUAGCAAUUCUUACAGAGGGCAUUUGGCUGUUCUGCGCAUUGCGUUCGUGCGGGUUGUGGGUUGGGUGGAGUACGUUGAGUUAGUGUGGUGGGAAAAGGGCACUGCAGAUGACAGGGAUGGUAGUUCGCAACAGUGGCGUGAACUGCGUGGCUUCAGCCAAGUAGCCGCUGGCGCACUUUUUAUGCAAGUUGCUGGGUGGACCAACGACUCGUUUGCAGCUGUGCGUGAGGCGCGGGCCGUCCAUUGGUUGCCUUGUUCCUACGACUACGAACAACAGUACCCUUUGUUGGCUGUUUUGCACCAGCAUAUGCAUGUAAAAGGCGAUGCUCUUGUUGACCGUCUUUCCAUCUUUGCACUGUCGAUGCGGCGGCAAAGUGUGGAUCAAAGUGAGUCGGACCUUAGGGGUCAGUGCUCGUGGAAUGGUUGGCGUGAAAAGGUUAGCGGCUUUUGUAUGAACGGUCCAUGGCGUCUUGAAGCUCUCACACUCGCUCAUCCUUGCUUUUUGUUGCACGUUAGUGAUGCCGCAACAUCUCAUGCCCCACCAACUCGCUUCCUUUCUUAUUCUAAGGCAUGUGCUGGUGACGUUUUGGGUGUGUUUCUUCGCCCAGCUCAUGUUAUGUACCCCCGGAGCAGUUUUCUACGGGAAGACAGUGCCUACGCAACGUGGGAACCUGUAGCGGUGCGUGCAAUGGAGGUCUGCGAGAAAGGGGGAGGAUUUGAUUUUGUUCUCUACGGUGAGUGCGGCGAAGUGGCUCGGUGUCCCGUUGGGGGAUUUAUUGAGAGCGCUGUAAGUUGUGCUGUGGAACCGUUUGAGGAACGGCGUGUCAGUGGUGCGGCUUCAGGGGUCCAACGGAUUGUUGCUGCGGUGGCGGCCAUUCGCAGUGGGGGUGCACUUCUCUUCUUGGAGGUGAUAUCUAAUGCGUCUCCUUUGGGCAAUAAGGGGAAGCGCCCGAGUGGUGAUGUCCCCGUAGUUUUCAGCAUAUUAGCCCGUGUUGUAACCUUAUGUGAACCACGAGGGUGUAACCCGUUUCAGCAUCUUAGUCAGUUAGUGGCUGUGCGAUGGGACGGCGGUAAAGGAUCCGUUGUGACUUCUGUUGUUUGUGAUGAACCUGACGACAAAACUGUUGAAGGUACAUAUAGUAGGGAUGUGAGACACAUGUACUGCUCUCUCACCCAUGGGGAACUGUUAGCAAAGGACAAGGGUGCCCUCCAACUGAAAUACGGAGAAACGGGUCAACGUGUUUCAGGGAAACAGCAAUGUAACUCAGGAUGCUUAUGGCCCCGUGUUGGCAUCCGGCCCACUUUACAGUUCUCAAGCGACACAGAUAUUUACUACAGUGUUGGGGCUCAACGUAGUGUGGAUUUUGAUGUGCUGAGUCAUUGCAUCCUCCCCCCGGCCAAGGCUGCUACUUGCGGUUAUGUACUUGACGACGGGGAGGAGCAUGUGGGAGGGGAGGAGAUUGCUGUAUUUCGAUCAGGUGACAUUUACCUCUGCAGGCAUUUUUCAUCAGAGCCAGCAUCUGAAUUAUUUCCAGCUGUCUCCCGUAGUGAAAAGAACUACAAGUGGCUUUCAAAAGUUCAUUGGCCUUCAGCGGACGAGUUGGAUAUGAGCGCGGCGUUGACAUUACUCUUUUCGUCAGCAACAGUGGACGUCUGCAUGGCGGCCAUGCGGAAUAGGAAGAGAGUUGGUGGUGGAGGUGUGGAUGUCAAAGCAGGGGGAAACACAUUCGACAGUCUUGAUGAAAUCAAUCUUUUGUUCGUUUGUUGGAGCACCGCCAUCAUUGUGACCGCAGGGGGAAAGGUGUUGUGGGUGGGUGACUUGAGAGCAUCCCCUUCAGAAACUAUAGGGGCCUUCCCGUCGCUAUUUGCGUGCAUGCUUCGACCGUUUGCGAUGUAUGACAGCAGUUUUUUCUUUCUUCUCUCCGCUAGCACUACUCCUUACGUGCAUGGAGACGUUGGUUCAGCAGGUGUUAACUCUGUCUUUCUGCUGCUACAGGUGCCGUGGCUUCUAUCUGAGUCGAGCGAGGGAACUGAGCAUGUGAUUGCUGUCUGCGUCACUGAUGUUUGCUUUUUGACAACUGACGGUCACCCGCUGUUCGCUUUUAUGCCGUCUGUCUGCCCCCAACAACAUGUGACACUAAAUCACUUGGAGAAACAGGUUGCUGGGCACACGCUUUGUAGAGGUGAGAUGAUGUACUGCUCGAGUGGUGUGUUGCGUGCCGUGACGAGUGCUCUUUUGUUUGUGACUUCCGCCACUGGCCUCGACCUUGUUGCCCGUUUUCUUCCCUCGUGUGAGGAUCGAGUGGAUCAUGCAUCGAGGGACAAUACAAAAGUCGUGCUCGACCUCAGAAAUGUUAUUGCGGACGAGUGUCAUGUGGAUGUCACUCCCUUUUUCACUGAAACCACCCUCAUUCAGUGUGUUCGUCUUCCCGCUGGUGACUGUCAGCUUUACGCAAUUGUCAUUUCCUUCCUAAGUGGACUAACACUCGUCGCGGUUUCGCACUCUUUCCACUGUGGGUGGUGGGACCUUCAGCUGGUUGCCAUUCCUCCCGUCGCAUCGACGGGAGUUUCUGAAGUAGGAAAUAAAAAUGUGCCGAUAGUUGCACCAUUUGUACGUUUGCAGCGGGCGCCUGCGACAGUGGUGGCUGAUAGAGGGAUAUUAUUUUGUGCACAGGAUGCAUGUGGUGGCAAGUGGGCCUUCUGCUUUCGGUUGACAGAUGGGGCGUCGCAGGAAUGUGGGAAACAGAGGGAGGUGGGAGGGGAGAGUUUGUUCGCUCGGCUCAAUUUCUUACAUAAUCAAACCCAGAGGUCACUGGGUGAAUCCCAUACAUCAGGAGAAACCGGCGAACGUGUUGUUGUGACACGAAGCGCUGGUGGGCCCUUCACAUUUUUUCUUAUUGAAUAA